ACUGAACUCCUCAAAUGCUGUCUGUUGUUUGUUUUUUGUUGUCGUCGUCGUCCUGAAAAAGGUAAUUUCCUGCAAAUCCUGCAGCAUGUCUCUGAUAAAACUCACCAGAAUUGGAAGAAGGUGCUUCUCCAGCAUCCGAAACUCCAAUUUCCUCUUGGAAAAUCUUAAAAGUAGAGCCCUUAUUCGCGUCGCCGGGGCGGAGAGUGCAGACCUCCUGCAGGGAUUGAUUACAAACGACAUCCGGCACUUGGAACACGGAGCCCAAGGGAUGUACGCCAUGGUACUCAAUAAGGCAGGAAGGGUUGUCUACGAUACCCUCAUUUAUCACGCUUCCCCUGGGAAUUUCCUCAUUGAAUGCGACAAAGAGAUUCUUUCGGAGCUGCGGAAACAUUUGCUGAUUUAUCGUGUGAGGAAGAAGAUUUCCAUUGAUUCCCUGGAGCAGGAGAUGAAUGUUUGGGUGGCUUUUAAGCCAAAAGGAAAUGAAGGAGAAGUCAAAGGGGAAAAGACAGAAGAAGGAGUACUUAUUUGCCAAGAUCCUAGACUGAAAGAUUUAGGAUGGAGAAUUCUUGCGCCAAAGGGACAAGCUCCAGAAGAGAUUUCUUCAUUGAUGGGACAAUGUGCAAUUGUGGAGGAUCAGUAUAGGAGUCAUAGGUAUUCUCUGGGAGUAGGAGAAGGCAUACAGGAUCAUCCGCCUGGAAAAUCCUUCCCACUGGAAGCAAAUUGUGACUACUUGCAUGGAUUGAGCGUUCACAAAGGAUGCUACUUGGGGCAGGAAUUCACAGCCAGGACUUAUCACACAGGCGUUGUAAGGAAGAGAUUAAUGCCAUUGACCACAAAAGGACAAAUUCAGGAUAAAAGCGACACAAAUAUUGAAUCUGAUGAUGGAAAGAAUCUUGGGAAGUUGAGAGGAGUUGCAGGAAAUUCCGCUUUAGCCCAUUUAAGGAUUGAUCCUGCACUGCAAGCUAAGAAAAUCCUUAUUGAUGGCAUAGAAGUUACCACAGAAAAGCCCUCCUGGUGGCCUCAAGAAGUUCUCCGGGAGAAACCUUGAAAAGAACUUUGAAUUUCUUUUUGUUAGCUGUAGUUGAGAAUUAAAUAUCAUUUCAUAGGGAUACAAAA